UUUCCGCCCCUCCCCGGGCCGUCCCCGGACAGGAUGUUCGUGCCCUGCGGUGGCCCCGCCGCCCCCGACUUUACAGGCCUCACCCUCCUCCUGCCUGCCGUGUCAGUGGGGAAUGUUGGCCAGCUUGCGACGGAUCUAAUUAUUUCUACAUUGAACAUGCCCAAGGUUGGCUACUUUUACACAGACUGUCUCGUGCCAAUGGUUGGAAACAAUCCGUAUGCCAGUACAGAAAACAACUCGACAGAGCUGAGUGUAAAUGCCGAAGUGUAUUCAUUGCCUUCAAAGAAUCUGGUUGUUCUCCAAAUAAGAUCACCAUUUAUUAAGUACAAAUCCAGGUCAUUUUGUGAAGCCCUCCUUUCCUGGGUGAAGAGCAGUAAGUGCGCCAGAGUUGUUGUUCUUUCAAGCAGCCAUGCUUACCAGCGGGAUGAUCAGCAGCUUCAGGGUACUCCAUUCCGAUAUUUAUUCACCCCUGAAUUGCAAAAGAAUAUUGGGAAUCAGAUCCAGCACCUGAACUGGAAGGAAAUGGAAGAAACACUGUCUUUUCCUGAAAUACAGGAUUCUGAAAUGUGUAUUCAAAUUCCUGGAGGAGGUAUCACAAAGCUACUCUACAAGCUCAGUUGUUCAGAAGGAAUACAAAUGGCUGUCUUACUGAAAUUCUGUUCGGAAGGAGACAACAUCCCUGACGCGAUUGAUCUGGCCAAUUAUCUCAAUGAGUGGCUGCAGGUUCUUAAAACUCCCCAGAGCAAUGAUCCCAAGGCUGCUACUCCACAGUGGAAAAUACCAAGUUCUUGGAGGCUGCUUUUUGGAAGUGGCCUUCCACCUGCACUUUUUUGAUGGUAGUAAAAGAGCAACAUGAGACUCCGAACUCUAAAAUAGCGAAUACCUAUGUACAGCUAUUUAAAAAACUUGAAAAGCAGAUUGGAUUCCCUGACCACAUUUCUCUAAAUAGCAGCUGUUUCCUGCAGUUUCAGGGAAUAUCACAAAGGAAGCAGUAUACUAUUUCCCUAUGUUCUUCAGUCACAGCAGGUGUAAAUAUUGUCUAAUAAAUGGUUUCUUAGUAAAUUCUUCCCCAAAUCUUGUGUGUUUUGGUUCAGCCUAAAAUAAAUCCUAGCCUUCGUGUAUAUUUAGAUAUCAAAUCCUACAGUCGGCCAAUGA